AUGUUCUCUCGCGCCGUCGCCCUCACCAUUUCUGCCCUGCCCCUUCUUGCGGCCGCCACACCCCUCGAAGCCCGUAACUCAGGAUCUUGCUCAACUGGCCCAGUCCAGUGCUGCCAGAGCACCGAGACGGCCGGCUCUACCGCUGGUUCCGCGCUUCUUGGGUCCCUCGGGAUCGUCGUACAGGAUGUGAACGUCCUGGUCGGAGUCACUUGCUCCCCGAUCACCGUCGUGGGCGUUGGUAGCGGCGGUUCGUGCAGUGCUCAAACCGUCUGCUGCAGCGACAACAGCCACGGCGGUCUUGUCUCUAUUGGCUGCGCCCCCGUCACAGUCUGA